AUGUCUGGGGCGACGUUGUUUGUCGUGAAGGGAGGUGUCCUGGGGAUGAUAGGGUCCCCCAUCCCCUCGCACGAUUCUUCCAUCCCUCGAGCUGUGCCAGUGAAUCAGCAAGAUUCGAGAGGAGAAAAGAGAGAAGGGACUGCACGAAGCACCUGUUGGCGUCUCCGAUUCGACAUCCUUGUUAGUUCCACGUUUGGAAACGAGGUGAAAGAUGUGGAAAACGGCGCUGGCGCUGUGCUCGAAUGCAGAUUCAAUCCUGUCCUUCUGUCUCGGGAUACGGCCUUCUAUUGGAUUCGAACUAACAAGCGCGACAAGGACAACGUCGCCAUUGGGGAACGACCGCUAGAAGAUGGAUAUGACGUGGAUUUCAGGCCGUCAGAAGGAAGAUACGACCUCUACAUUAAGGGGGCAACCUACGGAAGAGACAAUGGGGAAUUCGAAUGCAAACUGAAGGAAGUGGGAACGGGAGACGAGCUGCAUACUAAGAGGUUCCAGUUGACGGUCUUGUUACCACCCGGGGUGCCGAAGGUGUCACCGACAGCACCCGUGGCCGUGGAAGGAAGGACCAUUGACCUGGAAUGCUCCAGUUCGGGCGGAAGUCCCGAUCCACAAAUCAAGUGGUAUCGAGAGGGCAGUGAUGAACCUUUGGAGAGUGUGCUCAUUCCCGGAGGAGGGAAAGACCAGGAAACGAGGGGAAUUUUGAGGGUUGUACCCAAGAAAGAGGACGAUGGAGGGAAAUUCACUUGUAUCGUCUGGAAUCGGGCUCUUCCUCAGGGCCACACCCUCUCCUCUUCACUCAAACUCACUGUCAACUAUUUUCCCCGAGUGACCGUGGGUCCUGAGAACCCAGUCCUGGUGGAAGAAGGGGGUCGGGCUUUGUUUUCCUGCAGUGUUGAUGCUCGGCCUCCUCCGAAUUCUGUUACCUGGACCCGACACGGGAAAUUCCUCGCCACGGGUUACACGUUUACCCUGGACCGAGUGAGUCUGCCAGACUCCGGUGCUUACGUGUGCCAGGCCGACAACGGACUCGGCCAGCUUGGUCAGGCUUCCAUCGACCUGGAACUCCUUCACGGACCCAUGGUCUCGACCGAGGGCAGGCGGGAAGCCGGAGAAGGCGAAGAUGUCCAGCUCACCUGUCAAGUGCAGAGCAAUCCCCCUCCAUCCCGAGUGGAUUGGAUCAAGGUCGGCGACUCUGGAUUCCGGAGAUCAGGUCACAGGUUGACCUUGCCUCAGGUCACGGCCCAGGAUGCCGGUGUCUACGUUUGCAAGGCCGUCGUGGAAAUGGAGAUCUCAGGUCUGAGAGAACCAAAACGACGAGAGGGAAACGGGACAGUAGAAUUGGUCAUCAGGCAUGCCCCGGGGUCAUCCGAGGUCAAGGUUGCUGGAGCGGCCGUAGUGGGCGAGCCAUUGACCUUGGAGUGUGGAAGUGACCCGCCGGGAUGGCCCAUCCCGGUCUAUCGAUGGUGGAAGGGAGAAGACUACGACCGAGCCCUACCCUCCGCCUCCUCGCGAUUCGUCGUCCCUUCUAUCGACAUGAAUGCUCAGGGGUUGUAUCAUUGCCAAGCAGAGAAUGCCCUCGGCCUGGGAUCCCCUGGUUCAAUGAUGGUGGAGGUGAAUCAGAGACCUCGGGUCAUCAAGUCCCCUCCGCCCAGCACUGUGAGGAAGGUCGGGGAUCCCGAGUUCAGCGUUUCCUGCACGGCACAGGGGAAGCCAAAGCCUGCGGUGGAAUGGCUGAAAGACGGUGAUCAGGUCGGCCUCGAAUUCGAAGUGAGGAACGAGGAAGAAGAGAUCGAAGGAGGACGAGGUAUCUAUCGAGUGAAGAGCACUUUGUCCUUGCAUCGAGCCCUGGGACCAGAGGACCGAGGACGGUAUACGUGCCGAUUCACGAGUCCCAUCGGCGAGGACGAGUCAUCCCUCCUUCUUCGAAUCCAACAUCUGCCGAUUGCCGUGGAGAGUCGUAGGGAUCUGAAAGCGGCGGCGGAUUUGGGCUCGGAUGCGGUGCUCACGUGCAAGGUCAGGGCCUUCCCCCGCCCCACCUUCUCAUGGAGGUCGGGGACGACCUUGAACCCGUCACCCGGAGGGAAGUACGAAACCAACAGCAGCACUAUUCAAGGAGACCUGCACAUCGGAGUCUUGCAAAUAAAGGGCGUCACCAACAACGACUAUGGGGUGUAUACGUGCGAAGCGAGGAACGAACUGGGGUCCACGGAAUCGGUGGUGUCACUGGGCGCACGGGGACCCCCAGAAUCACCCGAAGAACUCGAGGCUCAGGCCAUCGGACCCAACUGGGUCUUGCUGGGGUGGAUGGAAGGCUUCGAUGGAGGCUUCCCGGAUACCCUCUAUCACGUGUCUGCGUCCAAGAGGACCAGGGGAGAGAAGGACCGGCCUCUCAUGUUCGACUGCAUCGACAACAAUCCCUGCAACAUCACGGGACUCGAGGAACAGUCCACGUAUGAAUUCCAAGUGAAAGCCAUCAAUCGGAAGGGUGAAAGCGGGUUAUCGUCUACAGCCGUCCUAUCCACGGCCCUUCACGCAUCGGGAAUCCCCCAACCGGAACAAGUAUUCUACGGAGAGGAGGCCAAGAUUAUCCGUUUCUCUGUCAUUUCUGCCUCCCUUCAACUCCUGGGAAUCGCGGAAUUAGAAGAUUUGGGUGGGAAUUGGAUCCCCAUUUCUGCCAGCCCGUUCAUCAUCGACUCCAACAUCGUGGAGGUUCCCGUGGGUGCAGAGGAAGCAGGAAUUCUUCGCACCGUGAGGGUGAAAACUUGCCUCCGUCAACAUCCGGACAUCUGCUCUGACGGGGUCCAGGCUACACGAGUGCGAAGCCUGUCGGGUCCAUUGGUGGCUCCGUGGAGCUUCCCGCUGGAAUACCUGGUGACAGUGGUGGUCUGCAGUGUGGGCUUCUUCGUCGCCCUGGCUCUUCUCGCUUACUGCUGCUGCCGGAAGAACAGCAAGGAAAACGACAAGGGAUUCGAAGCCAACGCUUCUCUGGUGAGGCCGAGCCUGGUGACAGGACAGCCCCCUCCCCCGUAUUAUGCAAAUGGUGAGCCAGGGUACGGAACGGCAAAUGGCAUCUAUGGGUCUGCUCCCAGAUACGGCGUCGCCGACGGAGGUGGGACCAACGGAGGAGGAUCGGUGAAUUCUCAGGAAUCCUUGUGGAAACCGCCGUCGAGCAGCGUCGAGGAGUCUUCUUCCUCGGCCAAAGGGUUCUAUCCUUACGCAACCCAGUGCCACAACCCCGUGCCUCACCUCAGUGCCCCAACCACAACCACCGACUAUUCCUAUUAUCACAAGGAAGACGCCUCCUUCUAUUCAAGAGGAGAGGAUCCUUAUGGAAUGGGAGUCCCCGAUUAUUUCAUACAAAGCCCUAAUUCUCGAGUGUUCAACGAAUCCGUGGACAGUACAAGUGUUGGAAGGACCAAGAGGGUCAUCCACGAGGUCAUCGUUUGAUCCCCUCGUGCUCUCACCUGACAUUUACGCGUCAGCGUGUGUGAUCUCAGCUCAUUUUUUAUAUAUUUUUAAUUCCCUCGAUUCCUCUCUUCGAUUGUGAUACGAGGCUCAACUGGACUUCCUAUAAAAGACUGCGAUCGCGUAGCGUCGUCACCGCCUUCGCCUGUGAUAGCCCUUGUUGCGUCUCUUUCUUCGAGAAGAGACCGUGAUUGUGAUAUACCCCUCCUCAGUUCCUUACACGAUUGUACAUAGAAAGAUGAUUUCCCUCCCCCCUCUCAUGUCCUCUGGGUUUUUACAUCGCAUACAAAAUUUCAAGCCGCGAUACUGAUGCAGUUCUUUCUGAUUUGGUUCAAAUGUUUCAUUCGACCUGUAAAUUGUGAUGACCAGAGACUGCAACUUGGAAUUUGGAAGUAAACGAGAAAUUUGAUA